CGCAACAGCAGCAGCAAAAGGAGAGGAGAUGAACUCCGGACUCAGAAGCGUAUCUUCAGUAUAGAACUUUAUGACACCGAACCAUCAUGUCAGAUGACGGCGACAACAGCAAGUCGCCCAAAGUCGACGCACAGUCCCAACAAGCAUCAGCAUCAAAACGGCUCCGCCAAAUAUCCUCCCAGCUACCCCCCGACUACUCCGAUGUACUCUCCCAGAUCAACACUCUACGUACACUGGCCGCAACCCCAGACCCCUCUCGUCGGGGCUACGUGCGUCAAAAGCAAGCCGGAAAGCUAUGGGUGCGAGAGCGCCUCGAGCAGCUUCUCGACCCGAACAGUUUCCGAGAAAUCGGCUCGCUGUCCGGCACAGUAACAUGGGAGAAGACGGACCCUGGACGCGAGAAACCCAUCUCGUUCGUCCCCAGUAACAAUGUGCAGGGAAUGGGAAAAUUGAAUGGUCGUCGGGUCCUGUUGACGGCGGACGAUUUUACCCUCCGUAGCGGACAUGCCGACGGUGCGUCGCACGAGAAGUCGAUAUAUGUGGAGAAGCUGGCGCUGGCGUUGAAGCUGCCGGUGGUGAAGCUGGUAGAUGGAAGCUCCGGUGGAGGCAGCGUCACGAUGAUUCGCUCCGCCGGUUGGAGUUAUCUGCCCUAUGUGUCUAUGUACAAGCAUGUCGUGGAGCAAUUGAACCAAGGAAUUCCUAACCUGGGAGCAGUUGUCGGGCCAGCUAUCGGCCUCGGUGCCGCACGCGUCGUAUCAUGCCACUUCUCCGUGAUGGCGGCAGACGUCGGCUCACUCUUCAACGCGGGUCCCGAGGUCGUCAAAAACGCGACCUUCGAAGAAGGGCUGGAUUUCCAAACCCUCGGCGGUCCAACCGUGCACUGCACCAACGGCACAAUCGACAACCUGGCCGCCAACGAAUCCGAAUGCUACGCCCAACUACGCACCGUGCUAAGCUACCUCCCAAACUCCGGCCUGGAAGCACCCCCCGUCCUUCCCUCGGACAACAAAAACAACGACGACCCAGAAGACCGCGAAGACGAGGCCCUCCGCCGGAUCAUCCCCCGACGACAGACCCGCAUGUACAAUCCCCGGACGAUCAUCACCAGCGUCGUGGACCGCGGAUCGUGGUUCGAGAUUGGGGCGCUGUGGGGCCGCACAGCUAUUGGGGGCUUAGCACGUUUGGGCGGACGACCCGUCGGCGUCAUCUCGCUCAAUUGCGAGGUAAACGGGGGUGCGCUGGACGCGUCAGGGAGCCAGAAGCUCGCGCGCUUGUUGAAGCUGUGUGAUGUGAUGAAUCUGCCCGUGUUGCAGUUCAUCGAUGUCCCCGGCUACUCCAUCGGCACCAUCGCGGAACGCACCGCCACGAUGCGCUGGGGCGUCGAGCUGGGCAAGACAUACUUCAGCACGACGACCCCGAUCUUCAACGUGAUCACGCGCCGCGCGUACGGCGUCGCAGGCGGCCUGAUGCUCGGCGCCCGCGACCCCGUCAUGCAAGUCGCCUGGCCGUCCGGACAGUGGGGCUCGCUGCCCCUCGAAGGAGGGAUCGAGGUCGCGCAUCGGCACGAGCUGCGCGAGGCCGAGAAGCGAGGCCCCGGGCACAAGGAUGCCACGUAUCGUGAGCUGGAGGAGGAGUAUCACCGGUUGAUGAAUCCCGUGCGCACGGCCAAUGCGUUUGGCGUGGAGGAGAUCAUUGAUCCGAAGGAUACGAGGAGGGUGUGUUGUGCUUGGGCUAGGCAUGUUUAUGGGGUGUUGAUGGCCGGGAGGUUGGUGGAUAGGGGGGCGGGGAGGAUUGUGCCGCGGUUUGUGUAG